AUGGGGCGUCUCACAGCAUUGGGAAUACUAGGUCUACUGGCAUCUACACUAGCCGCGCCGGCUCCUCAAUUAUGCUUGUCGUUGCCUCCAUGCUACCUGCCUCCGCCAUGCCCACCGCCAUGCCCACCACCAUGCCCAGAGCCAUGUCCACUACCGUGCCCAGAACCAUGUCCUCCACCGUCAGAGCCAGAGCCAUGCCCUGAGCCAUGCCCUCCUUGCGAUAGGAGACAGCCAACCCCUUGUGGUGAUGGUCCAGUAAAGGUGGACGUGCAGCGAGGAACACUAAAUGGAGUCUCUGAACGACUUCGUAACUUGGGCUUCCAAAUUGUCCAAGUACCCGGUGGAACCUUCUACGUCAAACCAUCUCCUGAUAUUGUUUUAACCCCACCACCAAUUCUCGUUCGUCCAGCACCACUUCGACCCAUCCUUCCACCCGCUAUAACAGUUCAACCCCAACAAUUACGACCUAUCACCCCACCACCAAUAGUGGUACGACCGCAACCAUUGCCUCCGAUAAAUCCACCACCAAUAUGUGUCAGACCCAAACCACUUUGCCCCAUUCAACCUCCUACAAUCGUUGUGAGACCACCACGCCCAAAUCCAAUCCAACCACCCCCAAUCACCAUCCGUCAGCCCCAAUUACCACCAAUAACCCCAACGCCCGUCGUAGUCAGACCUCCUGCACCAGCAAACAUUCAGCCUCCCUCUAUAAUCUUCAGAACCUCAAUCCUAGGAUCGGGCGCUUCUAGCGCAGCAAGAUCAAGUUCGAUAGGAAUCGAUGAAUCUGGUGGGUCUGGAUCGGCCUACAGUGGUGGUUACAGUUAUGGUGAAGAUGGUUACAACCCAUGCGAUCCAUGCGAUCCAUGCGAUCCAUGUGAUCCGUGUCCACCCCCUCCAUGCUACGAGCCGGCUCCAUGCCCAUGCCAGCCUCUCCCACCAUGCCCUUGUUCUUGCCAAUAA